AGAGGGACACGCCGUUGAAAUGAAGCUCGCCAAGUCCACAACUUCCAUCUCUACGAGGCUGUUAAGAAUCAAACCCUAGAUUGCGGUCAUCCAUGGCGCUCGCAGCUGCUAUGUACAUCUCUCCCUGCCCUGCGAAGUUUUCUCGAUCUUCCAUUUCCUUUGCACCUCGCUUCUCCUGUUCUCAGCUGGGAAAUCGCGUCAAAGUCCGUUGCGUUUCUUCGUCUGUGGAUCCCUCUAAAUCAACUGCGGUUACGGAGAAGCCCUUGAUCUCAACGAAGUCUGGAAAUUGGCGGUGGAGAUUUCAAGGUACAACCAUUAAUAUCAACUAUGAGGAACACAGGGAAGAAAACAGUGCCAAUGAAAAGAGGAUCCUUAUGAUUCCUACAAUAUCAGAUGUUAGCACUGUUGAGGAAUGGAGGGUUGUUGCAAAAGAUAUUGUUGCAAGGAAAGGAAAUGUCAAGUGGCGUGCUACUAUCGUUGAUUGGCCUGGUUUGGGUGAUUCAGAGAGGCCAUUGCUAAAUUACAAUGCUGAUGUGAUGGAGAACUUCUUAACUCAGAUCGUGAAUGCAGCAGAUAGUCCUUUGAGAAAUUCAGUAGAUGAAGAUUUGGUCAUUGUUGGCGGAGGACAUGCAGCAACUAUAGCUCUUUGUGCAGCUGGCAAGGGGCAGAUCAAGCCAUCGGCCAUUGCAGCUGUUGCUCCUACAUGGUCAGGUCCCCUUCCUAUCGUCUUUGGUCGAAGUUCUGAGAUGGAAUCAAGAUAUGGCUUACUUAGAGGAACCCUAAGGGCCCCUGCAGUGGGCUGGAUGAUGUACAAUGUGCUUGUGAGCAAUGAGAAAGCAAUCGAAUCCCAGUAUAAGUCCCAUGUCUAUGCUGACCCUGACAAUGUGACUCCGACUGUAAUCAAGAGCAGAUAUGCCCUGACAAAGAGGAAAGGUGCUCGAUAUGUUCCGGCGGCUUUCUUGACCGGCCUCCUCGACCCAGUCCAGACUCGAGAUGAAUUCUUGGAUCUAUUUGCCAAGUUAGAUGGAAAGAUACCUAUUCUAGUUGUUUCAACCAAAAAUGCACCAAAGAGGUCCAAAGCUGAGAUUGCUGCACUUGAAGGUGCAAAGGGUGUGACUAAGUUUGUGGAAGUACCAGGGGCCCUUCUCCCUCAAGAGGAGUAUCCAGUAACAGUUGCUGAAGAGCUCAGCCAGUUUUUGCAAUCAAUUUCUGUGCCAACUCCUGAUAUUAGACGGUAAUCUAAAGCUUAGGCCCUGGACUGUUAUGUUUUACAGUAGAGAUAUUUGAGAUAUUUUUCGUAUUUUAUUUCAUGAUAUAUUUUACGCAUGUCAGUGCUACUGCUACCUACGAUAUGUCACAUGUGAGAGACAAGAUAAUAUUUUUGAAAUAUGAGUUGUUUAUUGAGUUACAUAAUAUGUAACUCACAGGAUUGCUACUUCA